AUGGAGGCAAUAUCAAUUAAGGAGCCAAACCCGGCCUCCCGCCUUCGUCGUUGGCCUCGCGUCUCGGAGGCGGCGACCGAGGAAGACUGGAGAAAGCGUUUAGUGGCCUCCUGGCGGGGAGUACGUCCGCGUGACUCAGCAUGGGAGUUGCCGGAUCUGAAACAGUUCGAGGAGUCCCUGCCCCGUGCACAGCGGACGGGGAAGGAGUUGAUAGCCGCAGCCGUGCAGCAGAGGGAACUGUUGGGGAAGCGUCAGCCCAGCCAAAAAGCGAAGGAGGUUAUGGAGACCCUUGCGAAGCACUUGUCUGAUGGAAAGACGAGGGAGCUCAUCGGAAUGAAACUCACCCUCACGAACGCGCAAGCCCUGGGCUCUGCUGACGUGGAUGAGGCCGACCGCAACUACGUAGUCACUGGGUUCCUCGGUGAAGGGAGCCGGGCAGUGGUGUUGGAGGUGACAGAAGAGUUUACAAACAAGCCGUACGCUAUGAAGCUGAUAAGGACUCCAAUGUCGCCUGUAGGCCGCAACGCCGCUGCACGGGGACUCGCCAGCCUCAUGGCGACGGUGGGAACCAUGGAAGAGACAACGGCUAUGCUGCAGGCGGUUGGCACUACGAGUCCGAGCGAGGCAGCGGAGACUAGGGGACUCGCAGUGUGUGCGGGAAUUGCAACAAUCAAGGGGGUGCCCUUCGUAAUGGAGUGCCCUUCCGGCUAUGCAUUGAGUGAAGUACAGCUGAUGGAGAGGUUUAAAGGAGAUCUGGCCGGUAUUUUUGGACCCAUGAACCCUCUACCCGUAGAGGCGAAGGUAUAUGCGGGGAGGCGGUUGUUGCUGGAGGUGCUUCAGAUGCAGCGUGCGGGUUUCAGCCACAACGACCUAAAGCUCUCAAACUUUUUCAUGCGGGAUGACGGCUCCUUCUUAUUGGGAGAUUUUGGGGCAGGCACCCUUAUAGGGCAGCCUCUCGACAGUUUAAACGGCCUGACGCCUCAAUACGCAGAGUUGGAAUUGGGUGCUUUCACAGUGGAUGACAAUCCUUUUCGUGUGCCUCCUGUGGUUGAUGAAAAGUCAGACAUGUGGAGUCUGGGAUUAUGUCUCUACAGAAUAUUCACUGAUGGACGCCUUCCUUACGGCCUGAUGGAGUCGCGCAAUCCAGUUGAGACGUUAAAAACUCUUGCGGAACAGAACGUUUCCCCCAAGACGCUGAGGUUGGGGCUGAUGGAGGCAAAUGUGCCGUAUGUCUGGCAGGAUUUGAUCAUGGAUCUUCUGAACGUGGAAAGGAGAAACAGAAUCAACGCGGUAGAGGUCGCAGCCAAUUAUAUCAAUCUUGUCUACUAA